AGUCAAAUCAAUCCAGCCAUAUCCAUAUUCCAUCUUUUUUAAAGUUUUUUUGGCUCUUCUCCUCCUGCUUCUCAACUUGCAGCAAAGCCGAUGCAACUUCACUCCUCCCUAAUAAAGAAGAGAAGCAGAAGCUCUCUUGCUCUUAUUCCUUGCAUCAUCUUCUCCGUCAAUCCAUCUGCAUUCUUAUCCUUUGCAACAUCUCCUCAGCCUUACGAACCCAAGAGAUUUGUUAGAAUCAUACAUCCUCUGUAUGAUCUGCACCACCACCGUGGCCCAACUUCACCAUCAUCGUCUUCUGCUACUGCUAGCCACCACUACGCUUCACUCCUCCAGUCUCUUAUUGAGGGAAAAGCAAUCGAGCCCGGGAAGCAGAUCCACGCUCACCUCCUCGUUACGGGCAUCGGUUUGAGCACCAUUGUAGCCACCAAACUCGUUAAUCUCUACUCGGUUUGCAACCAUUUACCCCAUGCCUACUGCUUGUUCGACAGAAUUCCUAAAGACAACGUCUUCCUUUGGAACGUUCUCAUUCAGGGCUAUGCUUGGAAUGGACCCCAUCAAGCCGCUCUCUCCCUUUACCACCAAAUGUUUGAGUAUGGUCUCCACCCUGACAACUUCACUUUCCCCUUCGUCCUCAAGGCUUGCUCCGCCCUCCCUGCGCUGCAACAAGGGAGAGAGAUCCAUUGUCACGUCAUACGGGCGGGGUGGGAAUCGGACGUCUUUGUAGGGGCUGCGCUUAUUGACAUGUAUGCCAAGUGUGGAUGUGUAGCGACUGCUCGUCGAGUCUUUGACAACGUUCUGGUAAGAGAUGUGGUCUUCUGGAAUUCCAUGCUCGCUGCUUACUCCCAGAAUGGGCACCCAGAUGAGGCCCUUUGUCUGUGCCGUGAGAUGGCUUUUGCCGGUUUGAGGCCCACUGUUGCAACUCUCGUCGCCGUCAUCUCGGCGUCGGCUGACAUUGCGGCUCUCCCUCAAGGGAGGGAACUCCAUGGGUUUAGUUGGAGGCAUGGUUUUGAUUGUCAAGACAAAGUGAAAACGGCGCUUGUCAACAUGUAUGCCAAAAGCGGUUGGGUCCGAGUUGCUCGGAGACUGUUCGAGCGACUUGCAGAGAAGAGGGUUGUGUGCUGGAAUUCCAUGAUUGCCGGUUAUGCAAUGCAUGGUCAUACCACGGAGGCCUUCGCCCUGUUCGAGGAGAUGAAAAAGGAGGGUGCUCCACCCGAUCACAUAACUUUCGUGGGUGUUUUAUCAGCUUGCAGCCGUGGAGGUUUGAUGGAUGAAGGGUGGAAGUUUUUCGAGUCGAUGGUGAAGGAACACCUGAUAGAGCCCACGGUUCAACACUAUACGUGCAUGGUUGAUCUGCUUGGUCAUUCUGGGCGGUUGGAUGAGGCAUACGAUCUUAUCAUGCGGAUGAAAGUAAGGCCGGACUCUGGUGUCUGGGGUGCUUUGCUGCACGCAUCCAAAAUCCACCGGAAUGUCAUGUUUGGGGAAAAGGCAUUGGAGAGAUUAAUCGACCUUGAACCCAAUGACGCAGGCAAUUAUGUGAUCCUGUCAAACAUCUACGCACAAGCUGGGAACUGGGAAGGAGUUGCAUGGGUGAGAGGGCUGAUGAAGGAGAGAGGACUCAAGAAGAGCAUCGCACUUAGCUGGAUAGAAGUGAAGAACAAAACUCACGCAUUUCUGGUUGGAGAUACCUCCCAUCCGCAAUCAGACGAGAUAUAUGCGGAGCUGGAGAGGGUGGGAGGACUGAUGGAAGAAGCUGGGUACGUGCCGGAUACCGCACCGGUUUUGCAUGAUGUAGAAGAUGAUGAGAAAGGUAGAAUGAUUACUAGUCACAGUGAAAGGGUUGCAAUUGCUUUUGGACUCAUCAAUACGCCACCAGGGACGAGGCUUCUGGUGAAUAAGAACCUCCGAGUCUGUGAUGACUGUCAUGUGGCAAUAAAGUUCAUCUCAAAAAUUACAGCCAGGGAAAUCAUCGUUAGAGACGUCAAUCGCUACCAUCAUUUUAAAGAUGGUGUUUGUUCUUGUGGAGAUUAUUGGUGACAAGCACAAGAAGGACUGAAGGAGAUUAUAUAAUUGGUUGCCACUUACAACUUAGAAGCCAAUGCGCAAUGGGCUAUACAAGCCAUUAAUCUGGAAGGAGCUCCUCACACCAACCCCAUAGCACAGUGCUUGAUUUGUCAAAUAUUGGAGUUUAUGGGCAUCUCUCCAAGAGACUUUUCAUAUUCCAAACCACGUCAGCUUGCUAUAGAGUGAAGGAACCAUUCACAAGCGAGAGGUUUUAUCUUCCACCUCUGACAUUCCAAAGGUUUCUACGAUUUUUCUUUUUGAAAAUAUCCAACAAACUACCAUUGGUAUUCUGGCAUUUUUUCAAUCUCUGCCUCUGGCAAGAAGUCCUGUUAAUGUGUAUCGUGUUCUUGAAAAAAUUGAAUAAAAUUAUUGUUAAAUGAUUCCCUUUUUUUCCUGAAUCUUGUGACAAUUAUAGCUAAAGAAUGACAGUCCCAAUAAUGAAACGAGAAGCACUGUUAAUUUUUCUUCAAUCUCCUUUUUCAUUUACAAUGAAAGCUAGAAUUGGUUUAUUGAAAUUUGCCAACCUCUAAGAGCAGAGGGGCAAUCACAUCAGAGAGCCAAGUGGGCAACCGAGACCCAUGAACAAAAACAACGGAAUUUUGAAGGGCCCGUUGGGCUAUAGAAUGAGCAGCUUUGUUCUGCUUACAGAAGACAUAGGCAAAAGGAGGAGAGAGUCCACCUCUACCGGUAGCUUAGAGGCUUCCAAAUCUUUUGCUACUUCGAGGCCCAUCCUCAGGGCAAGAGCUUUGGCAGUAAGGAUAGGGUUGCUGGAUGAGAGGGAGUGGCAAAUGAGCAUCAAAUCUCUUGUGCAAUUUUGAAUGAUAGCACCCAAAACCAGCUUUUCCCAGAAACAAGGUAAAUGGCAGCAUCAAAGUUCAACUUGAGGAACCCAUCUGCAAAGGGGGACCAGGAGGCUGAUUCUCUAGCCGAUCGUCCAGGAGGGGAAUGAAUGAAGUUGCUUUUCUUCCAACUUUGGAUUCAUCGGAGAGCUUUUCGUGGGAAAUGUCUUUUCCAAGAGAAGACCAGGGAGUUUUGAAUUCUUCAAAUGGUCUAGCAAGCUAUGGCUAUGAUAGAACUUUUCAUCAUAGUCUUCAAACUUUGGGAGGAGGGACCAGGAUUUGAUUCAUUCGAUGAGUCUGGCGCUGCUGACAGAUCUAAUUGCAAUGGGGGAGAUCGGCUUCAGUCAGUGCAAUUCCAUGCUCACACCAUUUGAAGAUCGAUUUCAGUCGGUGCAUGUUGUGCUAACACCGUUCGAACAGUCUCUUGCAUCGGGAAUAUCACCCAUGAAAUAAAGCACAGUAAAGAGAUAUAAGUCAGUAAAGGAUGUUCGAACAGGCUUAGCAGUUAGCAACUGACCAAAGCCGAACUCGCAAUGGGGAAGCCAAACAAUGCCUUUGGAUGAAGGAUAAUUGAGGAAACCAUGAUCAAUCGAUUCAAUCCUAUCAGGGGAUGAGGGGUCCGGAUAUAAGGCCGAGUUCAAAGUGAUGGCAUCCCCACAACAUCUCCAAAGAAAUGAGUUAUCUUCGAAUGAGGCCUGAUUGAUUGGGCAAA